CACAGAGUGUUGGGUUCUUCCUCGUUAUUCUCCUUUCUCCUUGCUCCUACGCUAUACUCCAUUAGGAGAGGUCACACUCCUCUCCCUCUCCUACUAAAAUGGAGAGCCAAGGUUGCUGUGGCAAAUUCUUCCAAAGGUGCAAGCCCUACGUUGCCAUGACCUCUCUCCAAUUCGGCUAUGCCGGCAUGAACAUAAUCACCAAGGUCUCCCUCAACCAUGGCAUGAGUCACUACGUUCUCGUCGUGUAUCGACAUGCCUUUGCAACCCUAUCGAUCGCUCCAUUCGCUCUCAUCCUCGAGAGGAAGGUGCGGCCCAAGCUUACACUAUGGAUUUUCUUGCAAAUAUUCGUGCUGGGGCUCCUUGGGCCUGUGAUCGACCAAAACUUCUACUAUGCUGGCUUGAAGUUCACCUCCCCAACCUUCUCGUGUGCCAUGAGCAAUAUGUUGCCGGCCAUGACCUUUGUAUUGGCAGUCCUCUGCAGGAUGGAGAAGGUGGAUCUCAAGAAAGUGAAGUACCAAGCCAAGGUGGUAGGCACCGUGGUGACAGUUGCUGGGGCCAUGUUGAUGACCCUAUACAAGGGACCUAUUGUGGAAAUGGUGUGGACCAAGCAUAUCCAUCCUCAGGAAAUGAACGCGCCGCCGGUUGCCACGGAUUCCGCCGACAAGGACUGGCUGAAGGGCUCCAUCUUCCUCAUCAUAGCGACUCUAGCUUGGGCUUCUCUUUUCAUCCUCCAGGCUGCGACGCUGAAGAAAUAUGAUGCACCCCUCUCCCUCACAUCACUAAUCUGCUUCGUCGGAACCCUGCAAGCCAUUGCUGUCACCCUUGUCAUGGAACACAAGCCUUCUGUUUGGAGAAUCGGCUGGGACAUGAACCUCCUUGCUGCUGCCGGGAUUGUGACAUCAAGCAUUGCCUACUAUGUUCAGGGGCUGGUGAUACAAAACAGAGGACCAGUUUUUGCCUCUGCCUUCAGCCCUUUGAUGAUGAUUAUAGUUGCAAUUAUGGGCUCUUUCAUCCUUGCUGAAAAGAUCUAUUUGGGAGGUGUCCUUGGGGCUAUCUUGAUAGUUGCUGGCCUCUACUCAGUUCUCUGGGGAAAAUACAAGGAGAACAAGGAGAAGAAAGAGCAGGAAGCCAUGGAGUUACCAACGACUAUAAAGGGCAUUGAAGGGAAUGGACAGGUAAUGGACGUUGCAGAGGUUGAUGAAAUUGAACUGGAGAAGGCCAAAGCCAACAACAUAAUAACCCCUGACCAGAAGUUAUAGCAGUCAGGGUUCCAAUUCCGGAGAGUCCCAUGAAGACCAAGGAGGAACCAUAAGCUCUGUUGGUUUAUGGCACUUUUGAUUGGGGGAGAGGGGAUUGAGAGGGACAACCAGAGAGGAUACAGGUGCCAAGGAGAAGGCACUUUUUGGUCUAUCAUCUACCAACUUUUUUUUCUCUCUAUUUAUCUUCUUUUCUGUUUCAUUUUAUUUCUCAUUUUGACGUAGUGGAAUGGGAUGUAAGCUAUAAUUUGGAGGAU